AUGACUAGAAUCUUUGUGAGACGGGACGAAUCGAAAGAAAUAGUGAUACAGAAAUUGACUUAUUCUCCGACUGACAUUGAGAUCACUUUGUAAUUUGGCAAUAUCCUGAGUGGGUAAUUCUACAUCAGCAAGAUGAUCGGCAAUUGUCUCAUGAAGAAGGAAGAGGAUUUCAUUCGUAUUUAUUUGAUAAAGAGCGAAAUAUUAGAGGGAAUUUUGAAUACGGAGUGUUUGAAAGCACCCCCUCUCAAUCUCAACUUGUUAGUUCAGCAGAAUGACAUUUGGUCUCUAAGUGAAUAGCUAUAUCAUACCUUUCUACCUUCUUAAUUGAUUUAACAAAUGCUCGUGGAAUACAAUCAAACUUCUUAUUAGAUAAUCAAUCAACACUAUCAAUUCAUUCCUACUAAGGAAUUAGGCAUCUUUAUUUUCAAACUAAACAGUGGCUAUUAGCAUUUAAAUUUGGUUAUAUCCUUUGCCUCUAAGAUUGUUAAUAAUAAACUCUAAAUCCAUUUAAGGGAGGCUGCCCAAUAUGCAAUGCUGAUGGGACUUUAAAAAAUGGAUAUCAAUAAAUUUUUUGAUGAUUUGAAGUUUAAAAGCUUUGAGGAAUUCGAAAGAAUAAAUGAUUUUUGGGAUUAUAUAUAAAAGUUUUUUAUAACUACUUUAGCAUAUACUUUUUUUUACGAGACAAAAUUCUUGCAAUUAUAAAUUUUUCAAAAGUUGAGACAUCAAUAGUUUUUUAUAAGAGUGUUCAUUUAAAUACUCUAAACCAUCUAGGGCUUCAGAUAAUACUUGUCAACACAUCUGAGAAGGGAUCCUCAUUUGGAUCAGAGGUAAUUAUGCUAGAUUUUUCAAAAUUUAACCGAUAAAUACUUACACAUACUCUUUAUAAAAUGUUAUGAUGAUGUGCCUAUCCUCCCUCAAUUGCUUAAAGCCUAUUAAGAAAAGUUAGACGAGUAGAUCACUAAGUUUAAGAAUUCCUCAAUAUCCUUUGAACACGAAAUCAAUGUUUUGACAAACAAAUUAUCCAACAUAUCUAUAGAAUUGAACUAAAACGAGACCUCCUCGUACUCUUUAAAGAUUCUAAGCCAAUAAAAUGUGCAAUUGGAAUACAAAGUAACCAAACAUUAUAUUGUCAAAAAAUAAAUUGCCUCUGAAAAACAAUGGUCAAUAUCGGAAUUUCCCCAAUCUGAAGAAUAGAUAAUUUUGAGUCAUUUUUGA